AUUUCCGAGGAAAAAAAUUAUUUCAAUAGUGCAAAUUAUUUUUUUAUGAUUCAAAUUGUUAAAAUAUGGUUGUAUGACUGAUUCAGGCUAACAAGGAAGUUUACAAAUAUCGAACCAGGCUCGCGAUUGGCGUAUCAUGCAUGAUAGUUCACAGUUGACCGACAAAUCAUACAAACAAAGAUUCAAAACUCUGAAUUCCCACGUAAUCGUGUUUGGUAAAUUCAGGCACGAUCUCUCGCUGGCAAUAGUAUAAUAAAAGCAACGGCCGAUCGCGAGUGUUGCUUAUCGUUCCGUUCACGGUCGCUCCUUCAAAAUAUCUGCAGUAAAUUGCAUCACUGAUAUCGCCUGCAUAAUGAAUUUUAUCUCGCAGACAUUCAAUUCGAAGCUAAACUACGAUCCUAAGUCGCCGGCAUGCGAGAGGAUCUUAUCUCCGCGGGGCAAUUCGUCGCCGAUGGUGGAAAUCUGCAGUUCCCUGAAGUCAAAGAUGUUCACAAAGGUGAAGGAAUGCAAGGACGCGAUAAGGAGCGCCGUCGCGUUUGGUAAAAUGUCGAUUAAAUCCAAUGAAUCAGGAACACCGAUUUCCACCUUGCCGGACGUUGUAGCUUUCAGCGUGGUUGCGGGGAACUCUGAAGAAGGAGAAGUUCUGUUCAACUCUACGUUCAGCUCGCCAGAAAUAGAGAGAAUGAAUACAUCGAUAGGACGAAUCGAUGACUUCAAUGAGAUGGACAGCUCGUUUAAUCUUUCCCUGUCAACCGACGAUUCCCUGAAAUCGUUUCUAGAGCACGAGAAACAGGUCACCGAAGAGUUUCCAGAAGAGGCAGUUACCAGGUCAGUGAUGAAGAAGAAGAUAUCUGCAGAGCCGCUCUUUUUCUACUCGGACGAUACGGAUGAAAGUUUCAGCAAUUCUUUGAAUUGUUCUCAUACAUUGGAUAUAGCCCUUGAAGGGCCCCAGAUGAAUUCCAUGUUUAGCGAUUCCUUCGAUGAAAGUAACAAACCUGGCUCCUCCAACGCUCAGGACUCUGACUACGAAAAUCAUGUUUCGAUGUAGUCUGUGUUCCUAGCUGUUAUUCUUACCUCAUUAUUUAUUUAAUCUUUUGUAUGAUACAAUCGGAGGAAUAAAAUUCUUUUUGUAUUUUUAUAAUGAUUCGUUUGAGUCUGUGAGAUGUGACGGAAGUGACGGAAAAGAAAGAGAGAAAAGUGAUCAUGCCUUAGAUGCGGGGAUAUCGGAUAUACAAUAUCAUUGAUUACCACGCUGGCGAGUGCCAGUGGUAGCCGUCACAAGUCCUUUGACCUUGGAAGAUUUCUAUAUCUUUUUAGGUGUAUUUCGUAAUGGUACUGGAUUAUCCGGUCAAUCUCUUUUUUCUUAAGUAGCGGAGAAGCUUUCAACGUGACUGAUAAUCUAGAAAUAAGCCCUCUUGUUUUUUUAAGUUUUUGAAUAUUUGUUUUCGUAGCGAUAACGCUUGAUUAUGUGGCUAUGUACGAGUGAAUGAUACUUCUGUGAUCGAUAGAAGACCUGUCUUUCAGAAAUUCCCGAACGCACAUUUACGAUCGUUUAACGACUAUUCUUAUCGGACUGUUAAAACAGUAUCAUUGUUCCCAUGUCACAGGUCUAGUCUGAUAAGUAGCUUAUUAGCUACUUAUAUUAUUUAAGCUUAUUAUACAUAGAUUUUCGAGGAAAUAAUUUAUGCAGACGUUAACUGUGCAGAUUUGUGCACAUUCUUGCAUAACUAUCGUAUGUUUAACUAUGUAUCGCAUGCAUAGCGAAUAAACUGCAGUAAGUAAAAAGUAACUUCAGUUAUCGAUUUCGUAAUCAAUUGUGAAUCAACACGUCAUCUUUAGUAAUGCGAUCUAAUCAUUUUUCUUGGAACUAUGAACUAUUACUAUUAAAAAGAAUACUUUUAAAUUCUUUUUAGAUACAGCAUAAUCGUUAAGAACCCUGUUAUGAUGUUUCCUCGAAAGUUGUUAAUUUCAUUGCAUACGUAUUUGGUUUACGGAAGGUACAUCUGUUCGUUGGAAAAACAAGAUAUCAACCAAGAUUCCUAAGUUCGACGAAACAUCGAUCAUUGAUAAGAACGCGAGGAAUAUACGUAUAUUCUUAUGCUAAUCCUAAACAUCAAUUUGUCUUGUCAAGAAGUUUCUGGAGGGUUCUUAAUUGUUAAGCUAAAUAAUUAAUUCGAUACAAUGCAACGAUAUCAUAUCGAAGUUGACCGGCUAAUUUCGUUCGGUCGUAAUACAAAAUCUCGAUAGCAAUAAUAUUUUGUCGAAACGAUUAAAUUACUUCCGAAAGAUACGUGAAAAUGAUAUAACUUCGUUACUCGAAUGCUUUAUGUUUUUAAAUUUGUACAAUUGCGGGUAUUGAAAAGAUUUCAACAUA